GUCACCAGGACAACGGGCGUCGCCGGCGCCGUGUGACUUCGGGCUGUGGGCUCGCUCGCGGCUCUUCGGCCAUGGUUUUCUCAAACAAUGAUGAAGGCCUUAUUAACAAAAAGUUACCCAAAGAACUUCUGUUAAGAAUGCUGUUCAGCUUGUUGUUAAAUUUUACUUGGUCUAAUCCAGAAUGUACUAAGUAUGUACAUAGCAUUGGUCUGGAUUCUUUUUGUAAUGUGAAUAUUUUCCUUCUUGGAUAUAGUAACUUUGUGCCGAUGUGCACAGAUUUCCAAGGCUUGGAACAUCUUAGCCCUGGAUGGAAGCAACUGGCAAAGAAUAGAUCUUUUUAACUUUCAAACAGAUGUAGAGGGUCGAGUGGUGGAAAAUAUCUCGAAGCGAUGCGGUGGAUUCCUGAGGAAGCUCAGCUUGCGAGGCUGCAUUGGUGUUGGGGAUUCCUCCUUGAAGACCUUUGCACAGAACUGCCGAAACAUUGAACAUUUGAACCUCAAUGGAUGCACAAAAAUCACUGACAGUGCGUCUGCUCUUUUUCAGCACGUGUUAUAGCCUUAGCAGAUUCUGUUCCAAGCUGAAACAUCUGGAUCUGACCUCCUGUGUGUCUAUUACAAACAGCUCCUUGAAGGGGAUCAGUGAGGGCUGCCGAAACCUGGAGUACCUGAACCUCUCUUGGUGUGAUCAGAUCACGAAGGAUGGCAUCGAGGCACUGGUGCGAGGUUGUCGAGGCCUGAAAGCCCUGCUCCUGAGGGGCUGCACACAGUUAGAAGAUGAAGCUCUGAAACACAUUCAGAAUUACUGCCAUGAGCUUGUGAGCCUCAACUUGCAGUCCUGCUCACGUAUCACGGAUGAAGGUGUGGUGCAGAUAUGCAGGGGCUGUCACCGGCUACAGGCUCUCUGCCUUUCGGGUUGCAGCAACCUCACAGAUGCCUCUCUUACAGCCCUGGGUUUGAACUGUCCGCGACUGCAAAUUUUGGAGGCUGCCCGAUGCUCCCAUUUGACUGACGCAGGUUUUACACUUUUAGCUCGGAAUUGCCACGAAUUGGAGAAGAUGGAUCUUGAAGAAUGCAUCCUGAUAACCGACAGCACACUCAUCCAGCUCUCCAUUCACUGUCCUAAACUGCAAGCCCUGGUGAGUCUGAGUUUUUCUGACAUUAUUCACCUGUUAAAGAUGAAAGAGCCCUCCCACCACAACAAGAAGCUGUUUGGGUUCUCUUUCUGUAAGAGCCUGUCCCACUGUGAACUCAUCACAGAUGAUGGGAUCCUGCACCUGAGCAACAGUACCUGUGGCCAUGAGAGGCUGCGGGUACUGGAGUUGGACAACUGCCUCCUCAUCACUGAUGUGGCCCUGGAACACCUAGAGAACUGCCGAGGCCUGGAGCGCCUCGAGCUGUACGACUGCCAGCAGGUUACCCGUGCAGGCAUCAAGCGGAUGCGGGCUCAGCUCCCUCAUGUCAAAGUCCACGCCUACUUUGCUCCCGUCACCCCACCGACAGCAGUGGCAGGAAGUGGACAGCGACUGUGCAGGUGCUGUGUCAUUCUCUGACAGCAGCUGCCUGGGCCCAAGGGGUGAUGAGGCAUCCUUUCCUCUAGAAGACCUGAGUCUUCCUGACCGACUCCACCAUCACCCAAUCUGUUGAUUCUCCAUUGGGAAAGGCAUUUACAGGUAAAAGACUUCUGUAUGGAUUGCAGUUACUCUGGUGAUAGUUUUCACCUUUAUUCUGCUGUGAAACAAUCAAAUCAAAGCCUUGUGUCAGUUAACACGUGACAAGUGGUCUCAAUGCAGCUAGGACCAUGCCAGAAACCUGGAUCUCUUAAGAGAUUGGUACCUACCUAGGUACGAAAGUUCUACCCUUGGCAUACUCAGCAUUCCUCAAAAAGACCAUCAGUGUUAGCACAAACUGAGCAGAAAAAAUAAGCUGUUGAUUUUCUACCUGAUACUUAAGCCAGUGGCCUACUUUAAUUCACAAUUCCAUUUUGAUUAGCAGGACUUUUCCACUUUGAAGAUAAAAUAGCAACUUUAUCAAAGUGACUGUACUGCAAAUUCAUAAUGCCUGAUAGUUUUAUAUAUAGAGACUUAUGUGGAAGGCAUGUUAAUAGGUUUCCAUGAGACACCAAAGAAAAGAGGACUCUAUACUGGGUGGAGCAGGGUCUUCACCUUUUUGUUUCUGUCAACUUGUCAUAUACACCUCCAGGGACCAAAAACAAAAGCAGCUUGGAGUCUGUGUUGCCUGACUGGAAAGUAGAAGCUCUGGUGUAUGCUACAGCACAUAACACAUUUUUAUUAAAGGAAAAAAGCUAAUUAUGUCCAUGCCUCUCAUAAAACUGGGGGGAACCUUAAAGAGAAAGAACUAAGGCUUAAGUUAUCUGUAGUAUAAUCAAUUAGAAGUAAUGAAUGGAUGCAUGUAAAAUGGAUGUGAUUUUUUUUCAAGCUUAUUUUGAAAUCUUAAAAAUCAGGUUACACCAUAGCUACUCAAAAGUUUUACACACUUAAAACUCAGAUCAGUAAGUGUUGGUACCUUUUAGACUCAUAAAAUUGAAUAAACCAUUGCAAUGCUUUAAAAAAAAUUAAGUCAGAGGGUUUUAUUGCUAUGAUUUUAUGGCAGACACAUCCAAGCAAAACCAUUUUCCAAAUGCAGACUUUCCUGAUGUUAUCUGAAAUCUGAUAAAAUGACCCUACUCUCUGCUGUGGUUCAUUCUUGCUCCAUGCUGUCCAUAUUUAUGAUCUUUAUUAAGAACCUAUCAAUCAAUCAAUCAUCACCACCUUCAUUGUAAACUUAGGUGUUCAUGGUGGCUGGCCCUUCCAAACAACCACUCCCCCAAACUGAAGGGCCAGAGCUCAUGAGAAACUUAAAAGUGAAACGGCAAAAGCAAGAUGUGUUCCCAUGACUACCAAUACCUUUAUUAGGCAGUUUUAGAAGUAUUUUUAAGGAUAUAUUUAUUAUGUCAGCUGCAUUCUAGGAAGAGAAGCAGAUUAUAUAUAUAUAUAAUCUCCCCAUAAACGGACUUAGCACGAUUAUCAUCAGAGUAAGCAUUAAAGUCAUUUUAUUGCCUUAUGAUAUAUUCCAGUAUUCCUUGGUCUAAAAAUUGUGUGGAUACCAUAGCAGUUAGUUAAAUAUACAUUUAUACCCACUGUUGUGGAGGAGAUGGGGGAGGAGGACUGAUGCAGGAAGCAACUUCAAUAAAUGAGCAUAUAACAGACUUGCUUCAGUGAUUAUGAAUUAGUUUCUAUUAAAAAAAAUUAACUUAAGGCCGGCCACGGUGGUUCAUGCCUAUAAUCCCAGCACUUGGGGAGGCCAAGGCGGGUGGAUCACCUGAGGUCAGGAGUUUGAGACCAGCCUGGCCAACACAGUAAAACCCCAUCUCUACUGAAAAUACAAAAAUUAGCCAGGCGUGGUGCUGGGCACCUGUAAUCUCAGCUACUCGGGAGGCUGAAGCAGGAGAAAUGCUGGAACCCAGGAGGCGGAGGUGGCAGUGAGCCGAGAUUGUGCCAUUGCACUCCAGCCCAGGAGACAACAGUGAGACUCCAUCAUCAUCAUCUCAAAACAAACAAACAAACAAACAAACAAAAUUAAACAACCAGAGCCUUCUAUACAUGAUUGAUUUCUUUUGAGCCAGGAUACAACCUAUCAUCAGUCACAGCUAUUGGACUUGAUGCUCAAUGAUCCAUGGCCUCAUUUACAAAACAGGAGAACCUCUUGUAAGAAAAUCAGGUUUGCAGGCCGGGCACGGUGGCUCACGCCUGUAAUCCCAGCACUUUGGGAGGCAGAGGCGGGCGGAUCAGGAGAUCAAGACCAUCCUGGCUAACACAGUGAAACCCCGUUUCUACUAAAAAUACAAAAAAAAUUAGCCGGGCGUAGUGGCGGGUGCCUGUAGUCCCAGCUACUCAGGAGGCUGAGGCAGAAGAAUGGCGUGAACCCGGGAAGCAGAGCUUGCAGUGAGCUGAGAUUGUGCCACUGCACUCCAGCCUGGGCGACAGAGCCAGACUCUGUCUCAAAAAAAAAAAAAAAAAAAAAAAGAAAA